AGAACACAAAGCUCUCACAGUGGUGUAACUUGUGAUAGCAGAUAUUCAAUUGCAGUUAUAUUAUCGAGCAUGUAAUAAUAAAAACAGUGUUAAAUAUGGAAUUAAAAUAUAUACUUGGUAUUACAAUACUUUGUAUUCAAACUGCGUACACUACGAAUACAUGUAGACUGGAAGUUACCACCGGUUGUAAAUAUACAGUUACUUGUGAGAGCUACGCCGGCACCGUACCAAAUCCUUCCUGCGAAGACCCGUACGUCACAUUUAUCGUUAAAAAUUCAUUUAUCAACAGCCUUACAGCCGGUUUCUUCGGAUCCACCAACUUUGACUCGAGAGUCAAAGAAAUAAAAGCGAUUGGAAACAAAUGGACUUAUUUAGAAGAAUCCUGCCUACGGUAUUACACCAAGACUUUAUCACUAGAUCUAUCAUACAACAAUGUAAAGUAUGUAAAAAAUUUGGCGUUCAAGAGCCUGGUAAAUUUACAACACUUGAAUUUAUCGCACAACGCAAUUGAAGAUAUUCUACCGUACUCUUUGAUUCAAUAUGAAAGCCGACAGACGGAACUGAGGGACAUUGAUCUUUCGUAUAACAGUAUUCGGAAUAUUUCAACGGGGGCUUUUCAGUACAUGACCAAUUUAAAAGAACUCUAUUUAGAUCACAAUGAAAUUGCCGUGUUAGGGGAUGACAUAUUUGUGAAUUUGAAGAGCCUGAACCGACUUCAUUUACAGUUUAAUAACAUAUCCACGUUGUCUAUGUCACUUAUAAAUUUAGCAUCUUUAGAGUAUUUGGAUUUGUCGAAUAAUAACAUACUCAAAGUUAAUGGUUUCGAGCUUAACAGGUUGCAAAAUCUUAUAAAUAUCAACAUGUCAUACAAUAGACUAGAAAGCAUAGAAUCCAAUUGUUUCUCACAAGCGCUUAAUCUUAAUUCAGUAGACUUGAGUAAUAACAAAAUUAGAUCUGAUUUGGAAUAUGUCAUGUUCCUUAAUAAUGUUAAUUUACGAUAUUUAGAUUUGGAGAAUAAUAACAUAACGAAAAUGCAAGAUGAUGUUUUCAAACACACUAUUCUUAGUUAUGUUAAUUUGAAAGGUAAUAAUAUAAACAUUACAAUUUCAAAAUCUACCUUUGCUGGUUUGGUAAACGUUACAGAAUUGAAUUUUUAUAACCAAAGUAUAAUGAACUUGGAAGAAAAUGCGUUCUCUUCAAUGACCUCGCUAUUACAUUUAAAUUUAUCUCGGAAUAGAAUUAAUUCUAUACAUAAUUCGAGUUUUUCUAUGGAUAAUACAUUGCUUAGUUUAGAUCUAUCAUAUAACAAUAUAUCUCAGAUAGAUUUCUUAAGGUAUUCAUUACAAAAUCUGACAAAGUUGUUUUUAAACAAUAACAAGCUAACUAUUCUAGCCAGUGGCCUGUUUUCAAAGCAAAUGCUUUUGAAAUGGUUAGAUGUUUCUAUGAAUAAGAUCGUUAUUAUAGAGCCAUUGUCACUUCCGCUAAAGAAUUUACUUUAUUUAAACGUUUCCGGUAAUUCAUUGAAUGGAUCAGUAAAAAAAGACACGUUCAGUCCUGCCCAAUACUUGACAGUUUUAGAUAUUUCUAAUUUUAAUUUAACUAAAAUAGAAAAGCAAGCAUUUGUUCAGAUGCCUGUUGUUGUAAGAAUAAAUAUGUCUCACAAUGCAAUAAGCGAUAUAGAUCCUGAUAAUUUUAAUGAAACCAAUAAUUUAUACAGCUUGGAUAUAUCUUACAAUAAUUUAACAAAUUUUGAUGUGAACAGCAACAGAUUGUCGCGUCUAAAAGCUGUUUAUUUGAAUAAUAAUAAGCUUAGAUACGUUCCAAAUGUAAAUUUAUCCUCUAUUUUAUAUUUAGAUCUUUCUUAUAACCUUAUUUCUAAUAUAUCAACUCCGAUAAUUCAAACGUACCACAACUUGAAAUCUUUACAUUUGUCUAAUAAUAUGAUAAAAAGCUUCAAUAACGAGUUUACAAAUUCUUUAAAAGAUUUGUACACUUUAAAAUUAUCUUCAAACGAUAUAUCUUCAGUGAACCUCAGCUACUUCAAAGAAUUAGUUAGUUUGGAUCUCAGUAACAAUUCUCUAUCUUCAUUCUACAGUAACUUCUUUUCUGAAUUAGAUUAUUUACAAUCAUUGGAUAUCAGCAAUAACAAAAUCUCCUCUUUGCCACCUGGUAUAUUUCAUCAUUUGAGAAUUCUCAAACUUUUAAACAUCUCGUCGAAUAGUUUAAGUAAUAUUCGUUAUGGCACUUUCAAUGGACUUAAUAGGACUGAACUUGUUGAUUUGUCCAAAAAUAACAUAACUGAGCUAGACGAGCACGUAUUUCACGAAUGUUCUGAAUUGAGAAGAAUAAUACUGGAUAAUAACCACAUAAACAAGCUUGAUAUCGAACAAUUAAUUUCUGUUGCGCCUAAAUUGAAAUCGAUCAGCAUAGGCGGAAAUCCUAUUGCUUGUAAAGAGAUUGUGAGACACAUAAAGAAUAUAAACAAAACAAUAUGGCAGGUAGAAAUCACAUCGAUUGACAAAAUAUUCCACGAAGAUAAUGUUCAUGGUAUACAAUGUGGUGAUAUUGACGAUGAAUCAAAAGCAACGCCGACAGCAAAUGUGUCUAGUUCAUCUGAUUCAUCUUCUUCCGUUGUUUUAAUCUGGUGCACAGUUCUAACUCUGCUGGUAUGCGGUGUAAUAGGGUUAUAUUUUUAUAAACAAUACCGUGUUUCAUCGCGAUCAUUUGGCGAAUCAAGAUUGCAGAUGCGACAGUCUCUCGAUACAAGUGCCUCAGAAUUUCAAAGUGAUCUAUUGAGUUAGUUGUUUGUGGUAUUAAUUUAAUCAAUGAUUGAAAGAAUGAUGAAUGUUAAUUAGUAACUACAUAUUGUAGACUGAUAAAAAUGUUAGUAAUUUUAAGUCUUUAUUUAAUUUAGGCACAUCAACUGAAAUUAGUGUGUAAUUAUGUCAUUAAUUUGAAAAAUUCGAUAAUGUCUGUGAAAUUAUACUAUUGUACAUACGAAAUAAAGUUAUUAUUGUAAAAUUAGGGAUACUGUUUGUGAUUGUUUUCCCUUAAUUAUGAGUAUGAAACAUGAAACAAAAUCAAAUGUUUGUUGUGCUAUUUUUAUUAAUUGUGUCAUUUGUUAAAGGUGUAUUACGUAUGUAUUUGUAAGAGCAACUCCAUUACUAUGCAUUUAUUCUAUUCUAAUUUGGUUCAGAAUAUAUUUUUAAGUCCAACGAGUGUACUUUAUUUUAUCAACGAUGUGGGGUACAAAAUAUGAUCUUUUUGGGACAGGUUUAUAGAGAGGUAAAGGGCGGUCUAUGUAUAUUCGAUCAUCAUCCAGUAUGAAUUAUUUGCAUAAAAUAUGCAUAAUUACUGAAAACCUGUGUGGGCAGCUAGAAACGAGGUUAUCUGGUAACACAGCGAAUGCAUGGUUUUUAUCAGCUCACGGUCUCGAUACGAAGAAUUAUUAAAUGUAAAAUUUCUAUUAUUGCAGUGUUUUUUUUAUAUCAAAGAAUUGUAUCAUAUAGAAGAUAUCAUUGAUUAUGUAUAAAUUAUUUUUUAUACCGCUAAGUUUAUUUCCAUAAGCCACUCCAUAAGCGGGCAACUGAACUGGUAGUUGGCCUGAUGGUAAGCGAUCACCAUCGCCCAUGAGCGUUCACAGAGCUAGUGCCUCUGCGGAUGCGCUGCCCGCUUUUAUGGGGAAAGGGAUAAGGAAAAGAUGACGACUGGAAAGAAGAAAUGAACUGGGAAGGUCGAGAAAACCGCUAGCUCCCCUACUCACGAUACAAAACACAGCAUUUCACAGCUAUUUCACGCCGGUUUUUUGUGUGGAUGUGAUACUUACCCGGUGCGAGCUAGCCUAAAAAUAGUAGUAAAAAGUGAAGAAGCUAGCUAUAAUAUACAUAUACGGUAAAUAUAACUUGCCAACUUUGCGACCGCCGUUAAAAAUUUGUUAUAUGUAUGCUUACAUGAAUGUAAUGUUAUAGAAUUCUCCCUUGCAGUUUGGAUCGGUUUAUCUUUGAAUGAUAUUUGAUCAAAGUUGUUGUUGAAGUGACGAUAAUGUCUUUAUUUUUUCUUACUCAUGUAUACGAAUCAAUGCAACAGAAAUAAACUAGUGUGAGUU